AUGGCAGGAGGUGGCGUGCGAAAACGGUCUCCCGGUGUAACAAGCCCUUUUCUGGGCAAACUGCACUGUUUGUGGCAGGAUAAACACCGGGUCCUAUUUAAACCCGAAUACACAUUGCUUAUCGUUUCAAUCCUAUGGUUUCUAGAAAUCGGAAUCAACGUAUGGGUUAUACGAAAAGUGCCAUACACUGAAAUAGACUGGAGAGCCUACAUGGAUGAAGUGGAAGGGGUCGUGAAUGGCACCUACGAUUACAUGAAGCUUAAAGGAGAUACUGGUCCUCUGGUAUACCCUGCUGGAUUUGUUUACAUCUUCACUGCUUUGUACUAUAUCACUGGUCAAGGUGUUAAUAUUCGUCUUGGUCAGUAUAUUUUUGCAGCUUUCUACUUGAUCACACUACUGCUUGUCUUCAGACUGUAUGUCCGUACCAAGAAGGUCCCCCCCUAUGUGUUCUUCUUUGUGUGCUGCGCCUCUUACCGCAUUCACUCCAUCUUUGUUCUUCGGCUCUUUAAUGAUCCAGUUGCCAUGAUGUUACUGUUUGCUGCCAUCAAUCUUUUUAUUGAUGACUACUGGUGGUUGGGAUGUGGUAUUUAUAGUUUAGCGGUGUCUGUAAAAAUGAAUGUCCUCCUGUUUGCGCCUGGGCUGCUAUUUCUUCUUUUGUCAGAAUUUGGUUUGAUGAAAACAAUCCCAAAACUGACUCUCUGUGCAGGAAUACAGAUUCUGUUGGGUCUCCCUUUUCUCCUCGAAAAUCCUGUUGGCUAUUUCGGCCGAGCUUUUGAUCUUGGACGGCAGUUUAUGUUUAAAUGGACUGUGAAUUGGCGCUUCUUACCUGAAUGGCUCUUUCUAAAUCGGCAGUUCCACUUCCUCCUACUGGCAGCACAUUUACUCACACUGCUGCUCUUCGUCUUGCGCCGUUGGAAGAGACCAGGUGAAAGUAUCUUCGACCUUCUAAAAGAACCAAGCAAGAGGAGAGUCCCCCCACAGAAGACUUCUGUUGAACAUAUUGUUCUCAUUUUGUUCACCUCAAACUUCAUUGGGAUGUGCUUCAGUCGGUCGUUACAUUAUCAAUUUUAUGUGUGGUAUUUUCACACCUUGCCUUUCCUUCUCUGGAGUGGAGGAGUGAAGAAACUAGCAGGCUUACUUAGGAUCCUCAUUUUGGGUCUGAUUGAGUUGUCGUGGAACACGUACCCUUCUACUUGUAGCAGCUCAGGUACUCUACACGCCUGUCAUCUCGUCAUCCUGCUCUGCCUAUGGUUGGCUCGCCCUAUUUCCAUAGUCUCAACAGAAACAAACAAGGACAAAAAUCAGUGA